AUGUGCAUUAGUGAGGAUGCGAUCGAAGAGGAGGAGCUGGUCACUUUCGAUGUAGAUGUGUUGGCCAAGCAACAGGAUGCUGAACACACUGCUCAUCUUCUCCAACUCACUGCACCUUGCCAAAACAACCUCGUCCAGCCAAUGCAAUCUAUGAUGAUGCCCUCUGCUCCUCCUCGUCAAAACGCUGCAGCUCCUCAAGCUGCUGUCCCAACUCCCGCACCAACCACUGGAACCACCCACUACAACAGGACUGCCAUUGAACAGAUGUUGGACAUUGAAGCAAUCGUCAACGGCAAUCCUCGUCACCUCUGGAACGUCCUCUAUUCUCAGCACGUCAUUCUCCUUGACUAUUGCACUGCUCUCCACCAGCAAGAAAAUGCUCACACCAGUCUCUCCCACAACAUUGCCAACAUGCAAGAACGCAUAACUCGUCUCACCUCAGAAUGCAACAAUGCACUCAAUCGCAUUGCCUCUCUCAAAGGCACACUUGCAGCUUACGGACUUCAUCAACCUGGUAGCGCAGGGCCCACUGACAACAAUGACGAUGAUGCUGACGAGGAACUUUACAACUAA